GAUCUGUAUAAAGCUCGUAGCUAAAAAUAGCCAUAUAAAUCAUCAAAGUGCAUAUGCACAAACCAAAAGAGCUAUGGCUUCCGGCGACGAAUUCAGAUUGACAUCACCCGAAAUAGACCAUGAAGGAAGGUUGCCCAGAAAAUACACAGGAGAAGGUCAAGGAGCAAAAAAGAACAUAUCUCCCCCUUUAGAAUGGUACAACUUGCCACAUGGGACCAAGAGCCUAGCCCUAGUUGUACAGGACAUUGACGCACCCGACCCAAAGGGUCCUCUCGUGCCUUGGACGCAUUGGGUUGUGGUGAACAUUCCACCGACUCUGAAAAAACUGCCGGAGAGUUUUUCCGGUAAAGAAGAGGAGGUGGGUGGUGAGUAUGGCGAGAUCAAAGAAGGUAACAAUGAUUGGAAGGUGCCUGGGUGGCGUGGGCCCAUGCUGCCUAAUCAUGGUCAUAGGAUCGAGUUCAAGCUUUAUGCUUUGGACGAUGAUCUGCACCUAGGUCACAAGGUGACGAAGGACAAGGUGUUGGAGGCAAUUAAAGGGCAUGUUCUGGGAGAAGCAGUGUUGAUGGCCAUUUUCUGAUGCUAAUUACUAUAUAUUAGUUGUUUGGAUGUUGUGCUGUGACUUUUUGAUCAUGCACUCUUUUUCAAUUAACGUGUGAUGUUAUCUUUAGUUUCUCAAGUUCUGAGCAAGACAAUAAUGGAAAAUUAGUAAAAAAAAAAAAAAAAAAAAAACCUUCAAAAGAGUUGGAGUUUUCGGAGCAAA